AUGAAGCAAACAAAAAAGCAGUAUCAUAAAGGCAGGUCUAACAGAUACAAAUUAAUAACUUUGUAUGAAGGGAAAACAGGAAAAGCCUUAAAGCCUGUUGGGGAUGCCCUGCAACGGAUAUCUGCGAGUAGAUACAAAUUAAUAACUUUGGAGCUCUUGUCUGGAAAGGAGAAUGCUUUACUUAUUGAUGUCUGGCCUGAGGUCUUAAGAGAGAGAGAUGGCAUUCCUGAUCUUCGACGAGCAGCUCGGUCUCGUUAUGCUAGUGUAUAUUUACCUGAGGUUAAUGGCUCAAUACGGAAUCUAAUGAAGAGUGGAAGGGACCUUGAUGACUCCUUGAUUGCUACUGUUAUUCGAAACUUGAAAACCAUUGAGGGCAGGUCGAAGGUCAUAAUUGUGGAUGACGAUGGUAGUCGUUCCAAAGGAAUUGCAAGAUCAUUGAGAAAACUUGGGAUUACAAAGCCAUACCUGGUCCAGGGUGGUUUCCGGUAUUGGGUGAACCAGCUCUCCGAGUUAAGGAACUCAAACCAGAGAACACUUACGAUACUCAACGAGGAAGCUGAGGAAAUCUUAAAAGAAAUUAGUCCUUCUCCGGUGCAAGUUCUCGGGUUUUGUGUGGGUUCUGUAGCAGCAAUUUAUGCACUACUAGAGUGGGAGAAAUCAUUGCAGCUUAUUGGCAUUGUUGGUCUAGUCCUGACCAUCUAUCGGCGAGUCUCUUCAUACGAGGGCCCUGAGGAUUUGAAAGAAGACAUAAGGUUGUUGCUAGCCCCUGUUAGAUUCGGAGCUCUGACUUUUUCAUGGGUUUCCGGGAAGUUAGAAACCAACGGCAUUGGACUUCCAACCUCACCCUCGUUGUCAGAAGCCCAAAGCCUAGUGUUGCAGGCAGCUGCAAAGCAUGAAUCUAAACCAUCUGAUUCAGAAGAUCCAUCUGCCAAUGCAGUAACUCCGAUGAAUGAGAAGGUCGAUCUCUCCAAAGCAUAGGUGGAGUACGUUCUUCUUGCAAUAAAACAUCUCAUUUGAUCAUCAGAGUGGUGAAUGCAAGUUGACCUGGCUCAUUUG